AAGCAACUAAUGAUUGUACUUGUUUAGGAGAUUGGCGCCAAAAAGAAACCUUUCAGAUAUUCAGCAAAAUGGAGCGCUAAAAUUAGGGUUCCUCCGUUUACAUUUGAUUUCCCCCAAUUUGCAAAAUUCUACCCUCCAAUUUCAUUCUUCGUCAUCAAUUAGGGUUCUAGGAGAGAAGAAAUUGGGCGAAAAAUGCCGGAAUUAAGCUGGAAGCACCACACUCUAAUUCAGUCUCUACUCUCUCGUGGCCCUCUUAAGGCCGAAGAAUUCAACAAAAUUUUCGAGGGAGUUACUGGAAGAAACCCAGGUUCUAAUGACAAAAUGUUUAACGAUUAUUUAUUGAAGAUUAAUAAAGAGCUUUCCUUUGUUCAAUUUGAGUUACGAGCGUGUAGGAAUCAGUAUGAUGGUACAGUUUAUUAUGGCGUCGUCAACAAUGUUGAAGAUGAACAAUCGAAGCUAGGGUCUAAGUACUCGGUUCCUCAAAUUGCCUUUUAUAAGGGCAUUAUAGAAGCAAUUGCACAAGAUACUGCAGGCCAAGGUUGCAUCACUAAUAUUGAUGCCCUCCAUAUAAGAUUGGACAGUCAGAUCCCUGGUGGCUCACAACCACUGUCAGAAUCGCAAUUUCAGGAUGUGCCUCCUGCUCUGAGGAAUUUUUCAAUGUCUCAAAAAGAAAAGGCUCUUGAAGAGCUUGUUCAUGAUGGAUGGCUCUCCAAUGUAGAUGGUAAUAUCGGACUUGGUAUUAGAUCAUUCCUUGAUCUCCGAAGUUGGUUCCGCUUAAACGAGAUUCCUUCAUGUGAGGUUUGCAAUGAGGCUGGGGUGAAGGCUGAUUUAUGCCCAAGUGAAGGCUGUCCCAUCCGAAUCCAUAAGUACUGCCUCCUUAAGAAGUUUUCUCAAAGAACGGCUGAAAAGGUUUGUCCUGGCUGUCAUAAUCCUUGGCCAUAUACAGUUACCAAAGCAGAAAUGGUAGACACAAGCGAGCCAACAGAAACCCAACCUUCAAACGGACCUUCUCAGAGAAAGAGGAGAAAGAAUUCCCAGUCUCGGACACAGGAAUCAGAUGAUGUAGGAUCUGGUUCCUCUCGGACAACUAAAUUGAGGAGAUCUUCCCGCAUUGGCUAACAUUGCCGAUGUCAACUGUUAGGCGCUUCUGGAGAUUGGAUGUUCUUAAUGCAUAGUUUUUUUGUUGUAAAUAGUUUGGAAUUUCGGAGGAUGUCAUUGUCUAAAUCAAAAUUGUGUUAGAAGGUAGGAAACUUAGCUGAAGAUCGAACUUUGGGGAUCAGUGGCGUCCUCUUGGCAAGAAUGUUGAGGUUUGUUACCUUCCAUCUAUAUAUGAUAGUUGUGCACUUAGCUAACCUACCUACAUCUUUCCUUAGGGUUUUCAUCAUUUUGUAAAGGAAUGGGUUUGAGUUAUCACAUUGAUAUGAGUAUCACUUUCAAAUUUACAAAAGUGAAUCCAUUUACUAGGAAAAUCUAUUUUCUUUUUUAUUUUUUUUGGGCUAAAUGUUUAUUAAUUAUAAUAGAAUUAUUUAAACAAAUCAAUAUUCCAUUGUUUUUUCAUUUAAAAAUGAGUACUUCGUAAGCCGUAACCACAUAAAUAAGGUUAUACAGUUGUAUGGAGCACGACCCAUUAUUUGUUUUGGGGGCCUAAAAUUGUAGCAUUUGAUGUUGCAUAAGGUCGCCUACAACUAUUAGCAAUGGAGGAAUUAUUGGAGGUUCAAAUAAGUAUGGAAGCAACAAGUGGGUUUAGGUUGUUUGGACUCACAAAAACCCUAGGUGGCGUUGAUAUAUUCACAUCGACAAAUUUAUCACAAAUGAGAGUGGAGGAUAGCUCAAGUGGUUAGACUUUCCUUCCCGAUUCUAGGAGAUCCUGAGAUUGAUUCUCACCCCCGUCAUUUAUCACAGAUUAUUUCCUCCAUCCUCAAUUGUUUACAAUCAUUAUGUAUACUUUAGAAUCGGACUAAAAAGGGAAAAUGAAGAAAAUUAUAAGUCACUAACUACUGUGAAGGACAAAUAUACAAUCGGUUAUAUGUUGGAGACUUAAAACGACAAAUCUAUAGAGGUGACCAAAAUUAGUCCGCCGGGCCGAAAAAAGAAAGGGUUUGGGUGCAAGAUUUUGUAUGAUCAACUCUAUGUCUCCAAUAUAUUUGUGGAAUAAAAAAAAAAAAAAAAUCUUGCAAGUUUGUCGCAAACACCCACCUCCUCUUUGUUCUUUCACUCUUGAAAACCUUUGAUAAGUGCGCAAAAUUGAAGGCAAUCAGAAACAAAGGCGUCGUAAACAUGAUUAUUCCAGUCAUUGGAAAUAAAUGGGACACUUACCUUGACCUUCUUCAAGCUGAUUACACUGAAGGGGAUGCCCUUGAUGCAUUGGGAUUAGUCCGCUAUUGUUGCAGGAGAAUGCUGAUGACCCACGUCGACUUGAUUGAGAAGCUCUUGAACUACAACACUCUAGACAAGUCUGAUACUAGUUGAUGAAGCUUUUGGGAGCAGUGGUAGAACUGUAUAAGAAUGACCAUCUUUUGCUGAAUAGUAUUAGGGAUUAAUUUUGAUGGAUUCAAGAUUUGAAGAUUGCCAUAGUUUAGGAUGCAAGUAUGAAUCUUCUAUUGUUUACAUGAAGUUAUGAAGUAAUGCUCAUCUACUACAUUAAUACAGCUUUUUAUGUCAUGUAAACUGUGACUGUUCUGUUUUCGGCUAUUAUAUAUGAAGUGCCUAUUUGUUA